AUGGAAGAAACCAACCAGCCAGCCACUGGCCAGCCAGGGUCUCCGCCGCUCCCAGCCCGGGAGUCGCCCCUUGCUGGCACCUGGGCUGUGGCCACUCAGCAGGCCGAGGGGAGGUGCCCCUUCCUCAGGGUCCUGCCCCUCCAGAGGCUCCGAGGAGCAGGGCAGCAGGGGGAGGGGUGGCUCUCACUCGCCCAAGGCUGCUCCAAGCCACAGCGACUAGUCUCCAAGCCACAGCGACUAGUCUCCAAGCCACAGCGACUAGUCUCCAAGUCACAGCGACUAGUCUCCAAGCCACAGCGACUAGUCUCCAAGCCACAGCGACUAGUCUCCAAGCCACAGCGACCAGUCUCCAAGCCACAGCGACCAGUCUCCAAGCCACAGCGACCAGUCUCCAAGCCACAGCUACUAGUCUCCAAGCCACAGCGACCAGUCUCCAAGCCACAGCGACCAGUCUCCAAGACACAGCGACCAGUCUCCAAGCCACAGCGACCAGACUCCAAGCCACAGCGACCAGUCUCCAAGCCACAGCGACCAGUCUCCAAGCCACAGCGACUAGUCUCCAAGCCACAGCGACCAGUCUCCAAGCCACAGCGACUAGACUCCAAGCCACAGCGACCAGUCUCCAAGCCACAGCGACCAGUCUCCAAGCCACAGCGACCAGUCUCCAAGCCACAGCGACUAGACUCCAAGCCACAGCGACUAGUCUCCAAGCCACAGCGACCAGUCUCCAAGCCACAGCGACCAGUCUCCAAGCCACAGCGACUAGUCUCCAAGCCACAGCGACUAGUCUCCAAGCCACAGCGACCAGUCUCCAAGCCACAGCGACUAGUCUCCAAGCCACAGCGACCAGUCUCCAAGCCACAGCGACCAGUCUCCAAGCCACAGCGACUAGUCUCCAAGCCACAGCGACCAGUCUCCAAGCCACAGCGACUAGUCUCCAAGCCACAGCGACCAGUCUCCAAGCCACAGCGACCAGUCUCCAAGCCACAGCGACCAGUCUCCAAGCCACAGCGACUAGUCUCCAAGCCACAGCGACUAGUCUCCAAGCCACAGCGACCAGUCUCCAAGACACAGCGACCAGUCUCCAAGCCACAGCGACCAGUCUCCAAGACACAGCGACCAGUCUCCAAGCCACAGCGACUAGUCUCCAAGCCACAGCGACCAGUCUCCAAGCCACAGCGACCAGUCUCCAAGCCACAGCGACCAGUCUCCAAGCCACAGCGACUAGUCUCCAAGCCACAGCGACCAGUCUCCAAGCCACAGCGACCAGUCUCCAAGACACAGCGACCAGUCUCCAAGCCACAGCGACCAGUCUCCAAGACACAGCGACCAGUCUCCAAGCCACAGCGACCAGUCUCCAAGCCACAGCGACUAGUCUCCAAGCCACAGCGACUAGUCUCCAAGCCACAGCGACCAGUCUCCAAGACACAGCGACCAGUCUCCAAGCCACAGCGACCAGUCUCCAAGACACAGCGACCAGUCUCCAAGCCACAGCGACUAGUCUCCAAGCCACAGCGACUAGUCUCCAAGCCACAGCGACCAGUCUCCAAGCCACAGCGACCAGUCUCCAAGACACAGCGACCAGUCUCCAAGCCACAGCGACUAGUCUCCAAGCCACAGCGACCAGUCUCCAAGCCACAGCGACCAGUCUCCAAGCCACAGCGACCAGUCUCCAAGCCACAGCGACUAGUCUCCAAGCCACAGCGACCAGUCUCCAAGCCACAGCGACUAGUCUCCAAGCCACAGCGACCAGUCUCCAAGACACAGCGACCAGUCUCCAAGCCACAGCGACCAGUCUCCAAGCCACAGCGACUAGUCUCCAAGCCACAGCGACCAGUCUCCAAGCCACAGCGACCAGUCUCCAAGCCACAGCGACUAGUCUCCAAGCCACAGCGACUAGUCUCCAAGCCAGAGCAGGGCUCGCGCAGCCUCGCUCUUCAGGGCCUGGAGGAGGCGGGUGAUUGGCGCGCCACCGGGUGGGCGGAGCAGGGGGCGGGGCGCCGCAGUAAUUGUCGGAGUAAUUGUUGCGUGGUCUGCAGGUGCGCGGCGGCGCUGAAGAACGCAGAAGAACGCAGAAGAACGCAGAAGAACAAGAAGAGUCUCGCGCCGCGGGCGAUGAGCUCGGCUGGGGACGUGGGGGCGCCCCAGGACCCAGCCUCCAUGGGACACUCCAAGCCGCGCCUGCAGUCGCCGCUCGACUACCGCAACGGGAACCUGGUGUCGCGCCUGCUGGCCGCCACGCCGCCCUACCUCUACAACAUGCCGGUCGUGCCGCAGAGCUUCUUCUUCAGCGAGAUGCUGCGCAGCUUCGUGCAGGCCAAGGCAGAGGCCCGCUCGCCUCCCCGGGCUGCGCCCCACGCCCCAAGGCGCUCCAGGAAGCGCUCCUGGCGGGAGGGCAGCUCUGAGCGAGGCGCCAAGCUCGCCAGCUACUCCGACAAGCCACUCGAGCUGACCACCGGCUCCCGAGCUCAGCCCUCCACCCCUCCUCCCAAACAAGAGGACAACAAGCCACCACCGGCCCCCGUGCUACCUCCUCCUCCUCCCCUCCUGCUGCCUCCUUGUGGCCUGCUGCCACUGCCCUCCCCGGACAGCUCCCUGCCCCCAGACAUGCUGCUGCCCCCACCACCGCCCCUCUGGUACCCGCCCCUCUACCCCCUGCCGCCCCAGCCACCCUACGGCAUAGACCCGCUGCACUUCUUCAUCGACCUGCGGGUGUCGGGCCACAUCUGGGACAGGAAGCCGGGUGACAAGGCGGGCGGGUCGACCCCAGCAGAGCACAGUCUACCGGCGGCGGUCGACAAGCCUGCCCCCAGGUCCCCGCCCGGGCCAUCCUCCCUGGUGAAGCAGACCAAGCACUGCUCGGCGUUCAGCGUGCCGCAGCCCCGGGGCCCGCAGGCCAGGGAGCUGUCCCCGCGCGCGGACAACACGGCCAGCACCAACUACGUGCUACGCCACCUGGGGCGCAUCUACCAGGAGCUGAGGAGCCGCGAGGACGGGCCCGACCAGGCGCGCAGCCCGGAGCAGGAGGCCGGUGGAGACCAGGAGCCGGCAAGCGCCGAGGGCAAGACCAGCUGCAAGGACCUGCGUGCUCUCAUCGGCCUCGAGCUGGUGGUGGACUACGUGAAGCACGAGGGCGGGCCCAAGACUCGAGGACCAGAGGCCGAGGCCAGCGCCGACCAGCCUGGUGAGGAGGUGACAGAGACCAGCAACGAGCCCAUGAGACAGCUGUGA